UUUUCGCUUAGCUCUAGCUUUAUGCAAGUUAGCAUCUAAGAAUCAUAUUUAUUUUAGAUAUUUAGUAAUUUGCUAUAUUGUUAAAAAAUUGUGUGCAGCCUUUUUUUGGGAAUAAUGGAAAUAAGGAGAAUAACAUGAGUGGUAUGAAAUUUUCUCCACUGGACCAGAAAAAUGCAAGUAAGAAUGCCCAGAGGCCAGUUAAGAAGCAGCGUUAUGCUGAUGGUUUUAAUGUUGCUGAUAAUUGUGAUGCAUCUAGUGACAGUGAUAAGGAACAGAGCUUAACAGCAUAUCUAUAACACUUGCAAAUACACCAGAGGAAAAAAAGAGACGUGAAAAUCGCUCUAAGCGUUUUGAAAAAAGGCAAGGACGAACAAAAGGUAACUAGUUCAAACCAAAAAAUGAUGGAGCUGGAAACCUGUAUAGUAGAAGGGCUAGUGCCUUGGUGCUUAGCAAAACCUUUGAAGAUGGUGCUGCCAGGGCUGUUGAGGACGUUGACUGGGAUUCCCUUACUGUCAAGGGGACCUGCCAGGAGAUUGAAAAACGCUAUUUACGUCUUACUUCUGCCCCUGAUCCUGCCAGUGUAAGGCCUGAAGAAGUGUUAGAAAGAGAGCUGGAUAUGGUUCAUAACUCUCAAAAGAAUUAUCUAUAUAAAUGCGAUCAGUUGAAGUCUAUACGCCAAGAUCUAACUGUACAACGAAUUCGCAAUUGGCUGACAGUGAAGGUGUAUGAAACCCAUGCCCGAUUAGCUCUAGAGGUUGGGGACCUGUUUGAGUACAAUCAGUGCCAAUCACAAUUGAAAACCCUUUAUGCUGAAGGAAUUGAGGGAUGUCAUAUGGAGUUUUUUGCUUACAACUUACUCUGUGUAAUUUUGCACUCUAAUAAUUACAGAGAUCUCUUAUCAUCGAUGUCAAGAUAUCCCCAUUACUACUGGAAAGAUCCCAGAGCAUAUGAAAUGUCCCGAGUGUCCACGAGUCAUGGAGGCCUAUAUUAGUUUCAAGUGUUGCCACAUUGACGGUGCUAUGAAUGGACUGCAUUAGAUCCCUACUUCUUUUUCUGCUAGCUUGUAUUGCUACUAAAUAAUGUUAUUAUGUUUAAGACUUUUCUUUUUAUGAUAAUAUAGUGUUUAAGAUUUUUUUGGUUAGUAACCAGUGCCACUAGUAUGAGGGUGGGUGUGUGUUUGAGACUUGAGUAAUGCUUCGAAAAAAGACAUCUUGAUUAAUUUGGUGACUGACGCCCACAUUUGUGGGGUGCAUCUUUAUAUAACGUCACAUUUUGACAUUGCAAUA